CUCACGUGGUCGGUAUGCCACUUUAAUAACUGCUCUCAAAUACCUCGUUUUGACCCAAAAUGGCCGAGGCUUUCUCCCUGUUUCUUCUGACUGGGAUGCUGCUGUGUGGACUGCUGCUCCACACGAUGUCUCAACAUGGAGCCAGGGUUGAUAAUGGCAGUAAGAGGCCCAAUUUUAUCAUCAUACUGGCAGAUGAUAUAGGCUGGGGUGACCUGGAUGCUAACCGGCCUGAAGAGAAGACAAACAACACACCUUACCUCAACCUGAUGGCCGAGCAAGGACUAAAAUUAACAGAUUUCCAUUCCCCAGCCUCAACCUGCUCCCCGUCCCGUGCUGCCAUCCUGACAGGCCGCUACGGCCUAAGAAACGGGGUGACACAUAACUUUGCAGUGGGCUCUGUGGCGGGCCUGCCUGUCUCUGAGGUGACAUUGCCCCAGCUACUACAGAAGGCGGGAUACUACACCGCCAUGAUCGGGAAAUGGCAUCUGGGCCACAACGGACCAUAUGGUCCAGCUAACAGAGGUUUUGACUACUACUUCGGUAUCCCAUACAGUAACGACAUGGGCUGUACUGACAUACCGGGAUAUAACCUGCCCCAGUGUCUUCCGUGUGACACACCUGGACCUCAGGUAUUCAGGUCGAAGAGGAGCGCACAUGAAGGCUGUUACUCCAAAGUUGGCCUUCCUCUGAUUGAAAACAGCAGUAUUGUGGAGCAGCCGCUCAACCUGUGGACACUAACAGAACAAUACAAAUCUGCUGCAACCAGGAUUAUACACAAGGCAAGGGAGCGAGGACAGCCCUAUCUGCUUUACAUAGCACUGGCUCACAUGCAUGUUCCCCUGGCGCCCCCGCUCCCUCCAGGUGCCCCAACCGCUGCUCACCACCCAAACGACGGCAGAGUGUACAGUGCCAGUCUGCGAGAGAUGGACGGCCUGGUCGGGGCAGUAAAGAGCGCUUCUGAUGACACAGACAAAAACAAUACUCUCAUCUGGUUCACAGGUGACAACGGUCCUUGGGAAAAGAAGUGCCAGUACGCAGGAAGUGUAGGACCUUUCAUGGGAAAGUGGCAGACAAGCAGAGGUGGAGGCUCAGCUAAGCGGACCACCUGGGAAGGAGGUCACAGGGUGCCGACAGUGGCCUAUUGGCCCGGGAGGAUCCCUGCAAACAGCACCAACUCCGCCCUGCUCAGUGGUAUGGACAUCUUCCCAACUCUUCUGUCUCUGGCAGGGGUAACACCUCCCUCAGACAGACGUUACGACGGCAUCGAUGCCACAAAUACCCUCCUGCGUGGUGAACAGACUGGUCAUGAGUUUCUUUUCCACCCUAACAGUGGUGCUGCGGGGGAGUUUGGUGACUUGCAGACAGUUCGAACAGGGAAAUACAAAGCUUUCUACAUCACAGGUGCAGCUGAGUCAUGUGGUGGUGCAACAGGAAGGCAGGAGCUCCAUGACACACCAUUGAUAUUUGACCUGGAGCGUGAUGAGGCCGAGGAAACCCCCCUGAAGGUUGGGACACCUGAAUACCAGGCAGUAGUAAAGAGGAUCGCCCGCAGGAGGGAGGAGCUAUUAUGGGACAUUGCCACCGACACGUCUGCGUCCGCAGCAGACUACAGCACAGACGAAUCAGCAGCGCCCUGCUGUGACCCGGGACAAGCUGUUUGCCGCUGCCACCCGCGGGGCCAACGGGACGGGAACUGACGCACUGAAACACUCACACAAAAGGGCAAGAGAGAAGCGCACAGAUGGAAGCAAACAGAUGUGGAGACAAAUAUCUCCUUUGGAUGUGCUCAGCUGUUUGUUUGUAGAAUGUGUUGUUUGGGGAGGUUCAACGUCCAGAUGUGCAAACAAGCAGAGAGAGCAAAGAGAAGAAGAGGCCAAACUCUGUCAUUAGUCAGGGGGCAGAGAGGAGGUCAGGGUGAGGUAUUUCUAAUGAUUUGAGGAAACUAAGAUCUAUCAAACCAGCUCUUGCCACAGUGUAUAGAUCAGUUUGUUGGGAUGUAAUUAAACAUAAGAAAAACACACUGUUCAACAACUAGAGUUUCAGGGUACAAAUACG